AUGGCCACCGGAAAAAGCUAUUACCCACGGCCAAGCCACCGUUUCCUCGGCACAGAUCCGUCGUACUACUCCUCCACCACCGACUCCGCCUUCGAGUUCGACGAAUCCGAUCUCUACUCCUCCGAUUCCCCCCGGAAAAUCUCUACAUCCGUCAGAUCCGGCACAAAACAGUCUAACCGUCCGUCGUCUUGCGCCGCCGUGGCGGCGAAGUCUCUCCCGGUGAACGUCCCGGACUGGUCGAAGAUUCUCCGUGAGGAUCGCCGCGAUAAUCACCACCGGAGGAGGAUCGAGGAGGACGACGAUACGUUUCAUCAAUUUGGAUAA